AUGGAAGAUGAUGAUGAUGCACUGCAUGUGGUUGACUUGGGUAGUAGAUUUAAAGUAAUUGAUAUUUAUCCGGAGCAUCCUGAAGUCAAUCCUUUAUUAGCUGACAUUAAGAGAAUCGGUGAUAACACUAGUCGUGAAAGAAGUGUUGACUAUGAACGUGCUGACCUGCAUGACAUUCAUGUGAAUGUAGUGGAUGAUGCAGCAAUCAGCAGUCAUUGUGUGGGAAUGGUACACACUAGAGAUGAAGAAAACAUGUAUGACCUAGAUGUUGAUGAAGAUGAAGAUGACCAUGAUUGGUUACAAGAAUGUGCAACCGUGGCAGAUCAUUUAGCUGCUUGUUCAUCAUAUGAAGGUGGUGUAAGAUAUUCUAGCUUGGUAGACGAUAAGGCCAAAUUGGUAGAUGAUGAUGCUGCUUCUGUACAGAAUGAUGAUAUAAGUGCCACUGAAGUUGGCUUGGCAGAUACAGCUAAUGAAGCUGAAAAUGCAGUACAUGGACCUGAUUUGAGCACAGGGUGCCAAUUUGGAAAUGCAUGUUGGAAUGAAUUUGCUAGUCACAUUGAAUUUAAGGAAUACUUGGUCAAUUAUGCUUUGUCUGGUGGCUGGAAUAUCAGAUUCACAAAAAAUGCAUCUUGGAAGGUUACAGAAAUGUGUGAAGAAGGUUGCCCUUGGAGAGUACAUGCUUCUAAUAUGCAAGCACAAGAAACUUUUCAAAUUAAGACAUUGCAAGAAGAGCACACAUGUACUAGGUCACUCACUAAUAGGUUCAUGAAAUCAAAAUGGUUAGCCAAGAGAUACUUUAAUGACUUUAGAGCAAAUCCAAAUAUGAAGUUGUCUACUUUUCAAGACAAGGUUAAACAAGAUCUUAUAGUCGACAUAACAAGAUCACAAGCUUAUAGAGCUCAAGAGAAAGCCAAUUCAAUGGCAGCAGGUGAUGUGGCUGAGCAAUAUAGUCGCCUUUGGGAUUAUUGUGUAGAGAUUGAUAGAUCAAAUCCUAGGAGCAGAUGUAAAUUGAAGAUAAAUAAAGAGUCUGGAAAAUCUAUUUUCCAAAGGAUAUAUAUUUGCUUAGUUGCAUGUAAAGAGGGAUUCAAGGCUGGUUGUAUCCUUUUUAUUGGGCUGGAUGGAUGUCAUCUGAAGGGUCAACAUGGAGGCCAACUGUUGACUGCUGUUGGUAGGGAUCCAAAUAGGCAAAUGUUUCCCAUUGCCUAUGCAGUGGUUGAGACUGAGAACAAAGACUCAUGGAGCUCGUUUCUACAAUCUUUAAUGGACGAUAUUGAAUAUACAGAUGAUAAGAAUUUCACAUUCAUUAGUGACCAAUAUAACGGCUUGAUUCCUGCAAUUGAAAGGCUGAUGCCAAAUGUAAACCAUCGAUAUUGUGUGAGACAUCUAUAUGCCAACUUCAGCAAGUUAUACCGAGGAUAG